CCGUUUCCGGCCGUCCGAGCGAGAAGAGUCGCCGCCGCCAUGUCCGCGCACCUUCAGUGGAUGGUCGUGCGCAACUGCUCCAGCUUCCUCAUCAAGAGGAACAAGCAGAUGUACAGCAAGGAACCCAACAACCUCAAGGCCCGGAACUCGUUCCGCUACAACGGGCUGAUCCACCGCAAGACCGUGGGCGUGGAACCGGCUGCGGACAGCAAGGGCGUCGUGGUGGUCAUGAAGCGCCAGAGCGGCCAGCGGAAGCCGGCCACCUCGUAUGUGCGGACCACCAUCAACAAGAAUGCACGGGCCACGCUCAGCAGCAGCCGGCACAUGAUUCGCAAGAACAAGUACCGCCCCGAUCUGCGCAUGGCUGCCAUCCGCAGAGCCAGCGCCAUCCUACGCAGCCAGAAGCCCGUGAUGGUGAAGAGGAAGCGUUCGCAUCCCACCAAGAGCGCCUGAGUCCCUGGCCCCCAGCAAUAAAGAGUCUGACCGUUAAAACAAAACAAA